AUGCCUGUGUGGUGCUGCCGCUGCUCCCUGACCGGUCAUUUCAGGAACUAUAGUGACUCUGAAACUGAAGGAGAAAUUUUUAAUUCCUUGGUGCAAUAUUUUGGUGAUAAUUUGGGGCAAAAAGUUAAAGCAAUGCCAUUAGUUGAAGAAACUUCUUUACUUGAAGAUUCAUCAGUGACUUUGCCUGUGGUAAUAAUAGGAAAUGGACCCUCAGGAAUAUGCCUUUCUUACAUGUUAUCAGGCUAUAGACCAUAUUUAUCAUCAGAAGCAAUACAUCCAAAUGCCAUCUUGCAUAGUAAAUUAGAAGAAGCAAGACAACUUUCCAUUGUUGAUCAGGACUUAGAAUACUUGUCUGAAGGCCUUGAGGGCCGAUCGUCCAAUCCAGUUGCAGUACUUUUUGACACACUUCUUCAUCCAGAUGCUGAUUUUGGAUAUGAUUACCCAUCUGUUUUGCACUGGAAGUUAGAAGAGCAUCAUUAUAUCCCUCAUAUAGUUCUCGGUAAAGGUCCUCCUGGUGGGGCUUGGCAUAAUAUGGAAGGCUCUAUGUUGACAAUCAGCCUUGGAAAUUGGAUGGAACUACCUGGACUUAAAUUUAAGGACUGGGUGUCUAGCAAACGAAGGAACCUGAAAGGGGAUCGAGUUAUGCCAGAGGAAGUAGCUCGCUACUAUAAACAUUACGUAAAAGUCAUGGGUCUUCAGAAGAAUUUCCGAGAGAAUACGUAUAUAACCUCCGUGUCAAGGCUCUACAGGGAUCAGGAUGAUAAUGAUGAGCAAGACACAGACAUUCCCACAAAGCAUUUACAAAUAGAGAAGUCACAGUUCAUCAAGAGAAACUGGGAAAUCAGGGGUUAUCAGCGAAUAGCUGAUGGGUCCCAUGUUCCCUUCUGUCUCUUUGCUGAGAAUGUAGCUCUGGCAACGGGCACAUUGGAUUCUCCUGCCCACCUGGAAAUUGAAGGGGAAGAUUACCCUUUUGUGUUCCAUUCAAUGCCUGAAUUUGGAGCUGCUGUAGGCAGAGGAAAGUUUCGUGGCAAAGUGGACCCAGUGUUAAUUGUAGGUUCAGGCCUCACUGCAGCCGAUGCAGUGCUGUGUGCUUACAACAACAAUAUUCCUGUGAUCCAUGCAUUUCGCAGACGAGUAACUGACCCAAGCUUGAUUUUCAAACAGCUUCCCAAAAAGCUUUAUCCUGAAUAUCAUAAAAUCUAUCAUAUGAUGUGUACUCAGCUGUAUUCUGUGGACUCGGACUUGUCUGAAUAUACUAGUUUUCCUGAGCACCAUGUGCUUUCCUUUAAGUCGGACAUGAAAUGCAUUCUUCAGAGUGUCACUGGAUUGAAAAAAAUAUUUAAACUUUCUGCAGCAGUAGUCUUAAUAGGCUCUCAUCCUAAUCUGUCAUUUCUGAAGGAGCAAGGGUGUUACUUAGGCCAUAACUCAAGCCAGCCAAUUACAUGUAAGGGCAAUCCUGUGGAAAUAGAUGCAUAUACGUAUGAGUGUGUUAAAGAAGCCAACCUUUUUGCAUUGGGUCCUUUGGUCGGGGACAAUUUUGUUCGAUUUUUGAAGGGAGGAGCCUUGGGUGUUACGCGCUGUUUAGCUACAAGACAGAAGAAAAAGCAGCAUUUAUUUGUUGAAAGGGGAGGAGGAGAUGGAAUAGCGUAAAGUGAGUAUAUAAGUAAUUCAUGUGGACAGCUUGCUAUUAAAGAUUUUUAAUA